CGCAGCACGAAACCACGCGCUGACGAGGGUGAAUCCCGUAGGAGGAGGACCCCAGCAGCACAAGGAUGGCGCCUCGGACCAGCACUGGCCGCAAGCACUCGUCACACGCCGACGGUCCACCCUCCCCAAAGCGGCGGUCCUCGUCCUUCUGCCUCCUGCGCGCCAUCCCGCUCGGCAGGCAAAGGACGGCCACCCACGACGACCUGGUGCACCACCCAUCCCUCAGUGGCAAGCCCGUCGUGUGGUCCGCCCUCCCCGACGAGAUAGAGGAGUUGGUGUUGAUCAGCCUGGGUGCGAGGGACAUCUGCAUCCUCCAGGCGGCUUCUGGUGGGCUGAGGGCGAGGGGCAAGAGGGUGCUGGACAAGAGGGUCGCGGCGCUGAGUUUGCGUGAGGCUGGGGCGGACGUCAAGGCCGUCCACUUCUGGGAGACGCGGCAGCCGCGUGCGGGGCCGAACGGCUCGCUCAGCGCCAAUGGACUCAUCGCCGUCUGUCAAAAGGCCAACGGCAGGUCAGCAAGCUACCUAGCAUCCAUUGUGCUCAUGUGUGCCACUGGUUUCUGGGGUUCGGUUGGCUAAUUGCAGGGUGGUUGUGUGUGGUCACACGCCUUCCCUGCCCCAAUGGCUGGACCCGAUACUCGACACGGCCAUCGCGCCCCCCCUCCCCCGCGCGCACAGACGCCCAUCGGCCUCCCACCAUCACGACAGCGACGUGCAGAUGCCCAUCGGCUGGCCGAGAGACAUCACGGCGUGUCUGCCGCCGAGCAGGGAGAUGGCGCACCUCGGCACAUGGACCUGCGUCACGCGGGACGGCCUGGUGUACCUCUGCUUCCCCCCUCUGCUGCUGCCGCUCUCCCUCCCCCUCUUCAAUCUCCCGCCAUCAGCCGGCAGGAGCGGGGCGUUGGCGACGCCUGGCGCCAUACCGGCCCCGCUGCCCAGCAAGGCCCCUGCCAAGAGCAAGACCCCCCACAAGUGCAGGCGGCACUGCCCCUGCCGAGCGGCGGGUAUGGCCUCGCUGUACCCCUCUCGGUCAACGCCCACCGUCUCGCAGCAGCAGCAGGAGAGUGGCAUGGACGACAGGGGCGACAGUGACAGGGCCCCCGCCACCCCCCCUGCACGGACUGGGCAGGUGCAGGUGGGGUUUGGUGCGAUGAUGCAGCAUCAUCGGGUGGCGCAGCUGCCGCGGCUGCCGUGUCUGCGGAGCAUGGUCCGCGUCGUCGCGAGCACCUGCGACCACAUGGCCUUCGUCACUGGCCAAGGUACGCUACGCCGCACCUACGGUUGUCCGUCCCUCCAUCACUUCACAUGCAUAAUACGUGUGUGUCACCUCAAUUGCUGCAUGGUACACAGGUGAGUUGUGGCUACUUGGCGACCAGCGACAUCAGCAGUUCUCUCCCUCUGCACCAUCCAGCUGGUCGGCCCCCAUGAUCCCCGAGCGCGUGCACGGCCUCGACAAGCAGCGCGUCACACACGUGGCCGUGGGCGGCGGCAGGGCGACCGGCAGCGGCCCCCCAUCCCCCUCAUCCACCCCCACCCACUUCACGCUGGCCCUGACGGACACAGGCCACGUGUAUGGCGUCGGCUGCGACAGCAGGGGCCAGCUGGGGAGGGGCGACGUCAGGCAAAGGCAGAGGAAGGGCGUCGGCGAGUUCCUCGAGGCCACACGAAUCGAACCCAAGCUCUUCAACAAUGAGAAGGUGGGUCAGCUUGGCCAAGGUCACCACUGAUUCUUCUCGAGUGUGUGCACUUGUAUGUUUGUGUGUCGAUGUGGUUUAGGUGGUUGCCUUGGCAGCCGGUGCGGCGCAUGCAGCCGCCCUGACGGCCACCGGUGCGGCCUUCACCUGGGGCUCUGGCGACAGAGGCCAGCUCGGACACCGAUUUCCCGUGGACGAGUACGAGCCCGUCCCCACGCGCAUCGACUACGUCAAGGACAGCCGCGCCACCUCACCCCCCUCACACACCGGCGGCCCUGCCAACCCCCCGAGCACGCCCCCCUCCCCUUCGCUCAUCGAGGCGUCACGACGAAUGGUCUUCUCGCGGGUGUCGUGCGGCGCCUGCCACACCCUGCUGACCACUGACGACGGCAAGGUCUACGGCUGCGGGGCCAAUGAUGGCGCUCUGGGGCUGGGUGACCCGUAUCAGCGAUACCUUCCGACACUCGUCGCACGAUUUCUCGCCAAAGGGGUCAGUGACUUGGCACACAACAGACAGACGGACGGACGGACGGACAGACAGGAGAAUUGUCAUGUCUCUGUGUGCUUGUCUCAGGUGCGUGUGGUGGAAAGUGCGGGGGGCCAGGCGUUCAGUUUGUUCCUAGACAGCACCGGGGGCCUCUGGUGGACGGGCGAGGCGCCCUGGGGCUUCCACAGCCGCCGGGCCACGCACAAGCCAGCACCCCCCACGUCGCCAUCCAUCAAGGGCACGCUGCUGCGGCUGGUGGGCGAGCACCACCCCUGUGGCCGCCCCUCCCACGCCCCGUCGUCGCUGGUGCCCGUCAGGCUGCCCACGCCGUCUGUCGUCCAUGCCACUGCGGCCUCAGGCUGACAAGAAUAGUCGUUCUCUGCCGAACGAAGCGAACCAAUCGGUCGCUGCGUAGCACUCGCGACAUCUGUGCCGUGUGUGACGUGACAGCUGGGACAUUGCCGUUUUUCUGUCGUCCUCAUGGCUUGAUUGGCUUGAUUGGCUUGUCCGCCUGCUUGCUUGGAUGGUGUCUCUUACUGUCGUCUCUCCAUCUCUCCGUCUCUCUUUCUGUGCCCGUGUUGUGCGUGUGUUGUGUUGUGAUUCGUUUCGUUGACUGGGCUGCCAUUUUUCUGUCCCAGCUCGUCUGUACGCGGAUGGAUGGAUGGAUGCACUGAUUGGGGGAAACAUGGCUCGGGUCCUCUCUGUAGCGAGCUGGGCUAAUCGAGACAAAAGUGGGGCGGGGAGGAUGGCGUGAUUAAUGCUGCUGCUGCGUCCCUGCCUGCCCGUCUGGCUCGUUGCCGGCACGGGUUUUCCGCUAUUGGUGAUGCUGACUGCUGCCCUGCCAUGUAUAUUAUCUAUUACCUACUGUCCGUUGGGUGGGUCGGGUCUGAUGUUCACACGUGAGAGAGAAUUGUGACAAGCCUCUUGACGAUUGGCUGACUGCUGCAUUCACGAUUACGGUCCUGCGGGCGGGCGGUGGGUGUCUGGUGUUCUCUCGGUGCUUUUGUGCUUCCCUCAGACGGUUGUCGUGCCUGUGACUGACAGCAGGCAGGGAAGGCGUCUGUCGGUGGCGUCUGAGCCAUGAGAGGACAACGGACCCCUAGGGACACGGGAGAGAGAGGGAAAGCCUCCUCGUGACGCUCUAUCUGACUGACUGUGUGUGGGCACUGUGAAUGUUCACCACCCCACCCCCACUCACUCACCUCUCUGUGUCGAUCGAUGUAUGGCAUGGCUGUUGUACAGUAAGUAUAUACGGGGGACACCACAACGGAAAGGACGAGGGGUUCCAUUCGUGCUGCUUCGUGGCUAUCGAGCAAAUAUGCCUGCGAGCAUGACUUCUCCAUGAUGUGUCACAAUACAAGGCAUCGAAGUGAGUCGAGAGCAGCCACAGCGCUCGACUCACACCGAUGUCGAGGGACGCGACACAUCAAGAGAGACGUGCCUGCCUGUCUGUUGGUCGUCGUCACUAUCCCAAACUGAUCUCAACUGGCUGGGCAUUAUGGGAUUUUUCACUUGCGGCUGAGUACGUGUGUGCGUGUGAUUGCGACUCAGAGAGGGAGUGCACUGUGUGUCCGUGUUGUGUGUGCCCAAAGGGCAGAUUGCAUGGCUGCAUACCUUGAUUGUGUUGUGGGAGUGCAUGAUGUGGAUGGGUGGCUAUGGACGAACGCGUGGAUGAGGGAUUCAAUCGUAAAUUUCGUUUCUCCAGCCCUGAUCACGGACCGUCUGGGGGUACGGCGAACUCACAGG